AUGUGUGGAAUACUAGCAGUUUUGGGUUGUUCUGACUGCCAGGCCAAAAGGGUUCGCGUCCUCGAGCUUUCUCGCAGAUUGAAGCAUCGUGGUCCCGAUUGGAGUGGGUUGUAUCAACAUGGUGAUUGUUAUCUGGCACACCAGAGGCUCGCAAUUAUUGAUCCUGCGUCUGGUGAUCAACCUCUUUACAAUGAAGACAAGAAGAUUGUUGUUACGGUAAACGGAGAAAUAUACAACCACGAGGUAUUGCGUAAGCAUUUGCCUAAUCAUAAAUUCUGGACAGGAAGCGAUUGUGAUGUUAUUGCACAUCUUUAUGAAGAGUAUGGAGAAAAUUUUGUCGACAUGCUGGACGGAAUGUUCUCUUUUGUUUUACUGGAUACCCGGGAUAACAGCUUUCUUGCUGCUCGUGAUGCCAUUGGGAUCACUUCUUUAUAUAUUGGCUGGGGACUUGAUGGCUCAAUAUGGAUAUCAUCUGAACUAAAAGGUUUGAAUGAUGAGUGUGAACAUUUUGAAGUCUUUCCACCAGGACAUCUGUAUUCGAGCAAGACUGGUGGGCUUCGAAGAUGGUAUAAUCCUCCUUGGUUCUCUGAAUCUAUUCCUUCAACUCCUUACGAUCCCCUAGUUCUCAGACGUGCCUUUGAAGAUGCUGUGACUAAAAGGUUAAUGACCGACGUUCCCUUUGGAGUUCUUUUAUCCGGAGGACUUGAUUCAUCAUUGGUAGCUUCUAUUACUGCUCGUCACUUGGCCGACACGAAAGCUGCCAAGCAAUGGGGAGCGCAACUUCAUUCUUUCUGUGUUGGCCUUGAGGGUUCUCCAGAUCUAAAGGCCGCAAAAGAAGUUGCUGAUUAUUUGGGUACUGUACAUCAUGAGUUUCACUUUACUGUUCAGGAUGGUAUUGAUGCUAUUGAGGAUGUUAUAUAUCACAUUGAGACUUAUGAUGUCACGACAAUCAGAGCAAGCACUCCGAUGUUCCUUAUGUCACGGAAGAUUAAAUCACUGGGAGUAAAGAUGGUAAUAUCAGGUGAAGGUUCUGAUGAGAUUUUUGGGGGAUACUUGUACUUCCACAAGGCACCUAACAAAGAAGAGUUCCAUCAGGAAACGUGUCGCAAGAUAAAGGCUCUUCACCAAUAUGAUUGCCUGCGAGCAAAUAAGUCAACAUCUGCAUGGGGUGUAGAAGCCCGUGUUCCAUUUCUGGACAAAGAAUUCAUCAAUGUCGCUAUGAGCAUUGACCCCGAGUGGAAGAUGAUCAAACUGGAACAGGGGCAUAUGGAGAAGUGGAUCUUAAGGAGGGCCUUUGAUGAUGAGGAACAUCCGUAUCUUCCAAAGCAUAUUCUGUACAGACAAAAAGAACAAUUUAGUGAUGGUGUUGGAUAUAGUUGGAUAGAUGGGCUUAAAGCCCAUGCUGAGGAGCAUGUAACUGACAAGAUGAUGCUUAAUGCUGCACAUAUCUUCCUGCAUAAUACCCCAACCACGAAGGAAGCAUACUACUAUAGAAUGAUCUUUGAGAGAUUCUUUCCACAGAAUUCAGCUAAUGUAACUGUUCCGGGGGGAGCUAGUGUGGCAUGCAGCACUGCUAAAGCUGUGGAGUGGGAUAGUUCUUGGUCGGAAAACCUAGAUCCAUCUGGUAGGGCUGCCAUUGGUGUCCAUAACUUGGCUUACGGAGAGCAAAAACCAAUGUCUGUUGCUAAUGGGAAUUCGAUGUCGAAGAUUGUGGAUGGAAUUACUCUGGGAGUGACUGCUCCAGAGCUUUCCAUCCAGAGCUAA